CUUUCAUUUGAGAGAAAUUUCACUCUAAAAAAUAUAUUCUGCACAGUGAUGGUAUCAGCAUCCGAUCGUCGCUAAAGCCCAAAGAUAUAUACACAAACGAACAGUAUAUUCACUUGGCAAGUGAAGAACACAAGAAGAGUAUAUUCACUUGGCAAGUGAAGAACACAAGAAGAGAGCCAUGUCUAAGAAUCAAGAUAUAGAGAGAGCUGAAAACAGUUUGCAGGAAGAUAUUAAAGUUCCACUUGUUUCACAAGAGAAGAAACUCGAAAAUGGCAAUGUAAAGGAGGAAAGAUGCAUGGUUUACCUCACUACAUUUGUUGCAGUUUGUGGUUCUUAUGCAUUUGGAUCUUGUGCAGGCUAUUCAUCACCUACGCAAUCGGCCAUCCGAGAAGAUCUGAGUUUAUCCUUGGCAGAGUACUCAUUAUUUGGCUCGAUACUGACUUUUGGAGCGAUGAUUGGGGCGAUUACAAGUGGAAAAAUUGCUGAUUAUAUAGGUCGUAAAGGGGCGAUGACAGUAUCAAGUGGAUUCUGUGUAGCAGGCUGGCUGGCCAUUUACUUCGCCAAGGGAUCUCUGCCUUUGGACAUUGGAAGAUUGUCAACAGGAUAUGGAAUGGGAGUCUUUUCAUAUGUGGUACCUGUGUACAUUGCUGAAAUUGCUCCUAAAGAUUUACGAGGAGCUUUGACAACCAUAAACCAGCUAAUGAUUUGUACUGCAGUAUCUGUUUCCUUCAUCAUAGGCACAUUUCUAACAUGGAGGGCUUUAGCAAUAACAGGAAUAGUCCCAUGUGCUAUUCUCCUUGUUGGCCUAGUUAUCAUCCCAGAAUCUCCAAGAUGGCUGGCGAAAAAUGGAAAUCAAAAAGAGUUUGAAGCAGCAUUACGAAGACUUCGAGGCAAAAAUGCUAGCAUAUCUGAAGAGACAGCUGAAAUCCAAGAUUAUAUAGAAACUCUAGAGAAACUUCCAAAGGCCAAACUACUCGACUUAUUUCAAAAACGAUACCGGAGUUCCGUCAUGAUUGGGGUUGGACUAAUGGUCUGUCAACAAUUGGGAGGAAUCAAUGGAAUCUGUUUCUACACCAGCAGCAUUUUUGAGUCCUCAGGAUUCCCAGCGAACAUUGGAACCAUAGUUUAUGCCAUUCUUCAGGUCAUAAUCACUGCACUAGGUGCAACCUUAAUAGACAGAGCAGGACGAAAACCGCUUUUAUUGGUUUCUGCGUUCGGCCUAGUCCUAGGUUGUCUGCUAACAGGGAGCUCCUAUUAUCUCAAGGAGCAAGGAAUAGCAGCGAAUGCAGCACCAGCACUAGCUGUGACAGGCAUACUAGUGUACAUAGGAGCAUUUUCAGCUGGAAUGGGAGCAGUUCCUUGGGUAGUGAUGUCCGAGAUAUUCCCCAUAAACAUUAAAGGAGUUGCAGGAAGCCUUGCAACAUUUGUGAAUUGGUUUGGCGCAUGGGCAUGUUCUUACACAUUCAAUUUUCUUAUGAGUUGGAGUUCCUAUGGAACCUUCAUUCUUUAUGCUGCAGUAAACGCGUUUGCCAUUUUGUUCGUGAUCAAAGUAGUACCCGAAACCAAAGGAAGAACUCUCGAACAAAUACAGAUAACGAUAAAUGCUUCAUAAACGACUCAAAGGACUGAACUUUGGAGAGAUCUAUUCAUAAAAUGAUAUUCAAAUGUUGGACAAUUGUAUCAUUCAAGUUUUCUUAGAUUAUUUUCUUUGUAACAGGGCCAGAGCCUCAAGGCCUAAAUUCAGCUAUAACUCAAAGUCGAGCCUAAAUUUAAAUUUUAGCCCACCUUAAAAUCUAA